CUCUGAUUCAACCAACCCCGAAAACAAAACCUUGCCAUUUCAAGUAUUUUGUCUUUCCCCAACCUGAAUAAUUAGCCAUUAUAUUGGAAAUUGAUUACAAUGAAAUCAAAUAACUUUUCCGUACUGACGUAUCAAUAACAACUUCAUUCAACAUUAGAAAUUAAGAAUGUCUUAAAAUACCUAGCAAAACCAAAGAAAGCUAUGAUCGCUGAGAAUAUAAAUCCUGAUAGCUUUUCUAAUAGCAAUAUAGAAGCAUGUGUAUAAAUGUAAGUAAAGGAAGAAAUAUAUAAAUAUGUAAAAGACAAAGGAAGAGAGAAACAAAGUAAAACUGGAGAUCUUAUUCUGAUAAGCCAUAAUAAUCAGUACCUUUUCUUUUUCUUUAAUUUUGCACUGUCACCAUCCUUCACCAUCCUUCAUUCACCCUUCUUUCUUGAUUCACAAGCAAACUCCAGCCAAAUGCAAUUCAGUCUAACAAGGAACUCUACAACACUAUAAAGACGGGCAGUACAGAUUUGAUCUACUGAUUCCAACAUUCCAGUCGAAGACUCACACUUGGUUGGAAGGGAAAGCGCCACAAAAAGGCGGUUGGCAACUUGCAAUCAGUCAUGUGUCAGCCCCUAGUUUUGCCUAAAUAAAAUCUGCUUACCUAAUAAACUAUGCUGAAUAAGUCUUGGAAUUCAACGUAAUAGGAUCCAGAAGCUGCUGCAAUAUAAUCUGCAGGAGUGUUAAUUAAUUUAAGAAACUAGAGUCUUAAGGUAAAUUUGAUCGGAAUUUAAUGGCGCACCUAACAUGGCUUGCCGAGGACAACUACAAUGCAGUAGCGACUUCAGUGCCAGCAAGCUCAAGAAAAUCUCUAAUCAGCCACAGUCCAUAUAAAAGUGAACAUAAUAAUAAAUCUCAUCUGAUGAAAUGAAAUUAGCAAAUGCCAAAAACAACCCUGGCUAGAAUAUUGCCCAUUGCUUGCUUCAAAAUUGCAAAUACCAGCACAAGAAUGGACAUUUUGUGAAGUAUCACUCCUCAGACUUAGGUAAGUAUACCUUGCUUAAAAAGUAAAGAGCAUGAAUAAAUGGAGAAAUAUUCAGCAAAUCAAUAUGCUCAAGCUCUUCCUGUCACCCUUUUGAAGAAAGUGGAAAAAGAGAGGAAAAUGCCACUUGAAGAUGAUGAAUCAGAAUUCUGUGAAAUCACCCGCCUCAAGAUGGAACUUGAGACUUCUCUGGCUAGAAAUGAUUCAAUGGAGAAAGAAAACCAGGAACUAAAACAGGAGGUAGCUCGUCUAAAAGCACACAUCAGUUCCCUCAAGGCCCAUGAUAACGAGAGAAAAUCUAUGCUCUGGAAGAAGCUGCAUAACUCCAGCGACAAUAGCAAUACGGAUCCAUCUCCACAGAAAUCAUCAGAUUUCAUGAAAGUUUUGGAACAGAGUUCUGAAGCAGAAAAUGUAUAUCCAAGGCCAAGUUUCCAGGAAUUAAACAAAGUUAACGCGCCAUCAGUACCAGUACCACCACCCCCUCCUUUACCAUCAAAACUGUUAGCUGGCUUUAGAUCAGUGCGCCGCGUACCAGAAGUUGUGGAUCUUUAUCGUUCACUAACAAGGAAAGAUGCCAACAUGGAAAACAAAACCAACGCUACAACAACUCCCGAACUUGCAUUUACUAGGAACAUGAUAGGAGAAAUUGAAAAUCGUUCAACUUAUGUUUCAGCUAUAAAAUCCGACGUACAAAAACAGAAGGAGUUCAUAAAUUUCUUAAUCUCAGAGGUUCAAUCCGCAUCCUUCAAAGAUAUAUCAGAUGUAGAGGUAUUUGUGAAAUGGUUAGAUCAGGAAUUAUCUUCCCUGGUUGAUGAAAGGGCAGUUUUGAAGCAUUUCCCACAAUGGCCAGAAAGAAAAGCAGAUGCUCUGAGAGAAGCUGCCUUUAGCUACCGAGACCUAAAGAACCUUGAAGCUGAAGUUUCAUCGUUUGAGGUAAAUCCCAGAGAGUCAUUUAAUUCAGAGCUUCGAAGGAUGCAAGCAUUGCAAGACAGGUUGGAGCAAAGUGUGAACAAUAUAGAAAGGAUAACGGAAAGCACCAACAAAAGAUACAGAGAUUUCCAGAUCCCAUGUGAAUGGAUGUUGGAUCAUACAGGACUAUUUGGUCAGAUGAAAUUUAGCUCAUUGCGGCUAGCCAGGGAAUACAUGAAAAGAACAAUCAAAGAGCUGCAAUCCAACGAAGCCUCACAAGAAAGCAGUCUCUUGCUUCAAGGAGUUCGAUUUGCAUAUAGAGUUCAUCAGUUUGCAGGUGGCUUUGAUGCAGAGACCACUCGAGCAUUCGAAGAUUUAAAGAAGAUAUGCAACCUUGGUUCCACUUCAUACUAUCAUAGAAAUGCAAAUGGGGGUAACAGGGGCUCAAGAGAAAAGAUACAGACCCAUGGAUUGAACAUGCUUCAAGAAAUUUGGGAUCCACUCUGUCGCAGGCUUGCAGGAAUGGGUUCCUUGCAGAGGGAUUGGGUCAAGGAAGUCACGAGCUUACUCGCUCAAAAGUUUGAGAACUUGCCCGAAACAUGCAGCAAAAAAAGGUGGAAGCUGAGCAAGUUAUGGUUUCUACUAUCAGUGGACUGGAGGGUGUUAUGGAGUCAAAAAGGAAACUCUGUCUGGUUGGAUUCAUAUGGGAUCCCUGAGCCCAAAAAGAAUUGA